AUGGCUCAGGGGAGGGGUAGAAUUUGGGAAGGCACUGGGAGACAGAUGCACUGGUUUAUCCUCACUUAUCUUGUCCUUUUGGCUUCACCAUGCACUGGCUUCCUCCCUAACUUUUGGUCUCGAGUUUUAACUUUGUCCUGGGACUCGAAAACUCACCAGUACAUCACUGAGCAGGCCAUUCUCAAUGUCACCAUGGAGACUUUGAAGGAAAUCCAAAAACAUCAGGAAAACCAUGCAGAGGAGCAGGUGAGACUAUUUCUGUGGUUAAUCUCUUCAAAAUGACUAUAUCAGACAGAUCAAAUUUAGGAGGCAAAAUGAGAUGGCAUCUGUACUUUCACAAAGAGAUUCAUUUUUCUUUUUUUUCCAAUAUAUUUUUAGCUAAAGGAACAGAUCUGAUCGCACUGCUUUAUGAUAGCGGAGAACAGAAGUGCAGUUUUCUCUCAGUAUGUCAAAUAUCAACAUGUGUGUCCCUUCCAGACCAGACUGGGCCGUGGCUUCUGGAGGGCUGUUGGAGAAGUGGUGAAAUCCAAUGCAGCCAUGGAUUUCCUGAGCUCCACUAGAGCCGACCCAGUGUAUCACUUUGAUUCAGAGCGUGUGAACAGUUCGGUUGUGAUGUUGCGACAGUUCUGGGCUCAGACUCUUCUCUCAGUUCGGGCCAAAGAGUACCAAAGUGCACGUCACAGCUUGGGCCAGCUAUUUCAUUCCCUGCAGGUAUAUAUUGCACUUUUAUAUGGGCACAGACACCAAAAACAUCUUCUGAUCCAGAGUGCUAUGAAUAGAGUAUAGAAUUUAUAAGGAAUUUCUUUUGCCAGGACUUCUACAGCCACAGCAAUUGGGUUGAGAUGGGCCAGCAUUUAAUUUACCGUCACCUGCUGCAGCCAGAGGAGCCUGCCAUCCCUGUGGCAAAAGGUAGUUACUAUCAUUACUAUCUUACAUUACUAUGAGCACAUCAUGCAUCCAUCCACUCUAUAACAUUCUGAGUAGCCAUACUGACAGUACUAAUGCAGAGAUCAACAAUCCUAAUAUGUUCUUGGGUAUCACAAUGACCAGUACUGGCCCUAUAGUCACUGUUCUGUGAGGGGAGACACUUUUGUGAUUCAGUUUCUGUCAGAGGACCCAGAUGCAAACACAGUAGCAAGGGAGGAUGACUAAUGAUAAGAUAACAAGAGUAGAGGUCUGUCAUAAUUUGUCAGUGGAAAGACAGUUAGCACAAAGCUCAAUAUGCAUGUUACUAGGGAGAGAAAGGACAGCAACCAUACCUGACAACACGUACAGUCUUGCAAAUAAGCAUGAUACCAUACAGCAUGAACAAUGGAGGAGAGAUGAAAAGCUAGUUUAUCAGGUAAUGGAAAGAGGUGAAGAAACACUAAAAGCAUUUCAUAGUCAUUCAUAGGUGGUCUUGGAAGCUCCAACCCUAACAGUUUGAAAUGUAAGACAAAAUGUUAACCUUUGUAAUUUGUAAAUGAAUCUCUGAUUUUUAAACAGAUUUUUGAAAAUUAUAAUAAUUAUUUUAGUAAUAUUUUUUGACAUAUUUUUACUGAUUUUUAAACAGAUUUUUUAACAUUAUAGUAAUAAUUUUAUUAAAAUUUUUUACAUAUUUUGACUCAUUUUUAAACUGAUUUAAAAAAGAUUAGAACAAUGUUUUUUACACAUCUAAUCACCUUAUUGAUUUAACCAUUUUCAAACCUAAUUCUCAAGACUAUGGCUCAGCCUGUCAAUCAUAAACUCUACUACUCUACUUUCCAACACAAAAGUUUUGAAAGUUUGCCGUGUGCAGCUUCUUGUCACAAGGUGUCAUAAGUACAAUGUUACAGUAUUAGUAUAUGCAGCUGAAUAUUUGUUUAAGGUGUUAUUUUGUCUCUGCCAUUACUACCAUUAUAUUAUGUGUACCAUGUCACUUCUAUGAAGCACAAUUAUUUAAAUACUAUUUGGAUACCUAAAACUAUUUAUAUGCCAUGGUAGUUAGAAAAAUGUCAUAUCAGCAUUGGUGCAUGAAUGUGAAACUGAACAGAAAUUUGAACCUAAAAUCAGAUUACUUGUAAAAUACCCUAGAUCCCCAUAUCAAACCAAUCCAAACAGUCCCUGAACCAAACCAAUCCAAAAGUCUCAUUAAAUUUAAUUGUUUUAAUGUUUAUUUAAUUAAGUGUGUACAUUUGCAGUACUAAACUGUUCCUUUUGGAUAUCAUGGCACUAACAGACUUCAACCCUCUCAUUUCAUCCACAGACAAAACUCCCACCUGUAUGGAGUGUUUCAGUGUGACUUGUCGGGAUAACCUUCUGCCUGGACUGAGAAGCACACAGCAAGACUCCCAGCUACUCACUACUGGCUACUUUGGCACUUCCCCUCUGAAACCUCAGGGUGUGUAAAUGCAACUGUGGUCACCAGAAGCUGCAAUCCUUACAAUAAUAUAGUGAAUUACACUCCAUUAAAGAGCUUUUCUAUGUUUAAAGUUUUAAGGCUUUUCCCUUUUCAAACUCAUCUUUUACAGGCAAGUGCAGUCAUGGAGGUAUUCUGGACAGUAGCCGCUACAUGGGUGCCAAAGGGGGAAUCAACAAAGACAGUACCUCACCUAUCUUCUCCCCCCACCAUUACCUCCAUGUGCGAGCAGCCACUUUGGCCAGUGAGGCCACUCUAAGUGUACUGAGAGACCUCAGGGAUACUGUGGGACACAAAACCUUCCUGAGGUUUGUUUUGAGUAUCGAUCAACAUGUUACAAUUGUAUCAAAUACUGUAAGUACUUUUUUUAAUCAGAACAUCUCCUGACAGGCUCUUCAGUGUAGAGCAGGUCCCUGCAUUGGUAUUUGUCAUGGACACCACAGGGAGCAUGUUUGAGGAGAUCACCGCAGCUCGCCUACAGGCCCAUUCCAUCAUCCAAAGCCGGGCCCAUAACCCUGGACACCCUGGCACCUUUAUCCUUGUGCCUUUCCAUGAUCCAGGUGAUAUUAUCGUUCCUAAAUUUGAAGUCCAGUGUGCUAAGCUAGAAAGCUCCGCUGCCACAACUGGGAAAAAUCCAUGUCGUCUUUCAAACACUUACAAGAACUUCCUAUAAAUGAAUGCAUUUUGUGUAGCAUUUUUUUUAAUCCAGAAAUAUUGAUUUACAUUGAUAAUGGGACAAAAGCACCCAGGAUCCCAAGGUCCAAACAUUAGAUGUCAUCACCAUCUUGAUUACAUGACUAAAACUGUGUGUGCUUGGUGAGCUGUGGUGAUGCACAGACUGUAAAAUGCAAUAUCGCUCUUAGUUUUCUUAUGAUAUGUCCUCUAGCAUGAAAAAAAUGCAUUAUGAACAUGUAGACGACAAGAAAAACAUUUUCAUUGGAGUGGGUCUUUAAAAAGUUGUCAAAAAUGACAAAAUACUGAUUUAAGUUACAAUAAGGACAAGGAUGUUGCUAAUGUCGAACAUGGUAGCCACAGUGAUUAUAACACUAGUGACAACAUCAGUGCUACUAAUGAAAAUAACAAUGAUGACAAUGACGACAAUGAUGAUGAUGAGGGUAAAAAAGUAUCUGCCUUUACAAACCUUGUGCAUUAUUAUCCUGUGCUUCCUGUCAUCACCUGUAUCUGUAGCUUCCCGCUCUUAUGUGGCGCUUACUUUAGUUACCCUCAUAUUUGGGUAACUUGCUCAUGUUGGUCCCACUCUCAGAUGUGUUUCAAACAAAGCCAAAGCUAUGGUAUUGACAGUCACUCUGCUACUUCUUUGGCAACAUCAUAAUUGCAAGUUAGAGCAUUUUAUCAACAAUGGCAGAGUAUAUAACCUGUAGAAACAGGAGCUGUUUCCCCUACCUUCACUUUUUGCACUUGAGCUGCCAAGCUUAGCCCUGAAGUUAAAAAAAAUAUAGAUCUUUUUUCUCUAAACACAAUGUCAGUACCUUUGUAUUUUUUCAUUUUCUUUGUUUCAAAUUACAGUGUCACGGUUAUCACACUGAGACUAAAUCUGUUGUUAUUUCUGCUUAAUGGCAUUGCUCUUGUUUAUCAGUAAUCAUUUCUUUGAACUUUGCUCUGCAGAGGUUGGACCAGUGUUUGAAACUGAUGACUCAGACCAAUUUAUGAUGCACAUGGAAAAUCUGAUAGCACUUGGAGGAGGUGAUGAACCAGAGAUGUGCCUGUCGGCUAUUCUGGUAAAUUACAGCGCUGUUUCUUUUUGACAUUGGAGAUUAGAUGUGUGAGUUUGUGUAGAAAUUUAUAACAGCUAGAGGAAUUAUCAUCAUGCUCUGUUUUCAGCUGGCACUCACUCACAGCCCACCGUUGUCGGACAUAUUUGUUUUCACUGAUGCUUCCCCUAAAGAUGCCCACUUGUUUGAUGCAGUAAAGGCCCUUGCACUUGAGAAACAAAGCAAGGUAGGUUUAAAAUAUGGUUAGAUCUGUUCAAAUAUAUAUUUUUUGUUUUACACAUCAUGUUCUCACAUAUUUUUCUGACUCUUCAAUCUUGUUCUGCAUUAUUUUCCCCUCAGAUUACUUUUCUGCUCACCGAAGACCCAAGCUACUACAAAGAAAGCAGAAGUAGGAGGAAGAGAAGAAGAAGAAGAAAAAGAGAGCCUUUGCCAUCUGAUCGUUUUUCCCUCUACUCUUCACUGUCAUCCCUGUCAGGAGGACUGACGAUAUUCACAACCAACUCUGACAUUCACAAAGUCUCUACGAUAGUGGAGGAUAUCACAGCUGUUAACAAGGUGCAGAAGUUACAUCUCUUGGAGGACCAAACCAAACCAGCUCUGAAGAGAAAGAAGGGAGUCAUAUGACCAAUAUAUAGCUUUUAACUUUUUUUGUGAUUCAACAGUUUGCAUAAACACACUGCUCAUUGCGGUUAUAACACAGUUAAACAUCAAAGUUUUAUAACGGAGAGCCUGCAGUUGUAGGUGUGAGUGGUGAGACCAGCUGUAAGUUAAAAUAACAACACUGUGUGAAGUUGUGAAUUGUGAACCAGUCAGUGAACAGUCAAUUAAUUUACUUUCUGUCAAACAUUAUACACCAGUGACAGCAUUAUGAACACCUGGCAAUCACAUGCAAUUCAACACAACAGCGCUACCACAAAGUCUACUCUCAGGAAGCGUGAGGGCUGGAGGGAUUCGUUUGCACCUUCCUGAAUACUACACCUUUCUUGUGUUGUUCCAAUUAUUCUGAUGAGAGCGAUGAAAGACAAUCAAGAUUUUAGAGUUCAAAAUUUGUGUAGAGUUUAACAGUAACCAUUUAUGCUAUUGUAAGAUUUGUCAACAAAUUUGAGUAUGAAAGUACAGAUUUACCUUUUGAUAUCUUUUAAAGACAACACAAGCACAUUUCUCCUGACCCACAGGUGACCCUCCUCCAUGUGGACAGUGAUCCAGAGCUGAUGUCCUCCCAUUUCUUCAGAGUUGACAGCUCAGUAAAAAACAUCACACUUCACAUCACUGGCAUUCUGACUGAAUGUGUCCUUACCGACCCAUCAGGUAAACGGGGGCAGUCAAAAACCAUUAAUGCACAAGCUUUUGAUGGAUGCUUUGUCCUGGAAUCUCUGUCUUUAACACUUAUUGUUCACAACCUUCAACCCCAUUGCGGUUCUUUGCGUUUAUUAAAUAAUCAAUUAAACAAUCUUUCUGUUUUUGUCAGACCAAAGCCAGUCUUUGUUGAGAGAAAAGGGACCUCUGGCAGAACUGCAGCAUUUUGAGGGUCUCUAUCGCAUUACCUUGCUCUCUCCUAUAGAGCCAGGUCAGUGGGAACUUCAAGCCAAGAGUGAGGGACACCUCACAUUCAGUGUGAUAGGUAAGAAAAGUUUAACACUUAGCAAGUUCGGUUUCUAUAAAGUCAUUGUGUGACUUAAAAAAACAAGACUUGUCUUUACUUCUGCAGGGGACAGCAGUGUAGAUUUCCUUUAUUAUUUUGCCGCUGUUACAAAUGAGACACAUCCAGGUCUAGCAAGAGUGGAGGGUAGUCCAGUGGCUGGUAAGCAAUGGUGACUUUGGUAUUCUAUAGUAAUAUAAUUCAUAUGAAGUCAAUGAUAUAACUUGUGACUAGCUUAUUUACAAUUUCUCAACCAACUUCUCCCCUUCUUUGAGUUCUCAGGUGUCCCCACAUUUCUGGUGUUGGCUGUGACAGGCCUUGCUCCAGAUGAGGAGGUGUCAUUUAGUCAUGUGAUGCUGACAGGAGCUGAGGGGGAGAAUAUCCAGCAGGUGAAGCUGAAUUCCUCCUCCUCCCCAUCAUCCUACUCGGUGGAGGAGCUGGUGGGCUGGGUGGAGUCUGUCCCUAGAGUACCCUUCAAAAUACGGCUGGUGGGCCAGGACAGCAGGGGAGAUAAGGUGGAGCGGGUUUCCACUGAGAUAAUUCAGCCCACUCGUGUUCAGAUACAGGUUAGCCAUCUGUUGUACAUAAAUAAAGAAGUAUACUUGUGCUUUACAUUGAGAAUGAAUGCUUAAAAAAACCCUUUAAGUUUGCACCCAACAUACUACACAAAACACAACACACAGCAAUCAAAUAUUAAAGCCAAAAGAUGAUAAAAACUUUGAGACCACACGACUCAUAAUAUUAAAACAACAACUCAUAUUUGAACACAGUGGAGAUGUACAAAUCUUAAAACUUAAUAGCUAGAUAUAUUUCUUCACAAUAUUGUGGUGUUUGAGACAGAAAAAAGAAGAGAUACCAAAGACACAACUCCAAAUAAUUGGAUUAUCGCUCUAUAUCUGUCAAAUAAACAUUGGUUGCAGCUUUAUCAGUAUCAAUAGAGCACUCACUCAGCCAUCUCCUUGUUUUGCUCUUUUUUUCGACAUGGAGAUGUAACUUUAUUACUUGUUCUUUUUUAAAGUUGUAAAACUCUGAGGAUUUUCUUCUUUAAAUAAUUUUACUCGUUCAUUGUUCUUUAAAUCCACUGGAUCUAGUAGGAUAAUCUGUCAUAGUUUAUUUAUCUUUAUAUCCCCAGGUAUUGUCUCUUCGCCAUCUGGUGCCAGGUCACAGCACAAAAGUGGACUUUGAAGUCAUGAACCAUGGCCUAGCUCGUCUCUUCACUCUGAGUGGUGAUGACAACCAUGGCUAUUUUCAUAAGAAAGGCCAUCACAGGUAGAGCUAAUUGAAAAGCAAGGAUCUUUAAUUUCUCAGACCUUUGAUAACUUGAUAGUGCUGUGUGGUAUGAAUGUGAUUUCUGGACAUCCUCUCCCUCAGGUUUCAUGUUGCAGCACAAGAGUCUUUCCGUGGUCAGGUGGAGCUCCACACACCUGCCACAGCUCAGGCAGGAACGACUGUUGCCCUCACUCUCACUGUCCGUGCUCAUGACUCUCCAGACUCAAAUUAUGCAGUGGCCUACUUGACUGUGGUCCCACCAGUUAGUAACAUGGUUUUCUUAGAUCUGCUAAUUAAUCGAUUUCAAAAUGAUUGCUGAGUUUUUCUUUAUUCGCUCUUACUGUCCUUCCUCUUUCACUUUGCAGGAUUCGGACAUUUCUCCACCGUCCUGCUCAAUAGCACAUACAGUGUCAACCUGCUCAUCCGUUUGCAGCCAGUCUAA